UUCGACCAGAAAAAGAUCACCAGAAAAUGGCCCAGCGAGGCCAGCGCAUGGUCAGCGACUCGGUCGAGUCGGACGAUGUUGCGCUUUCGCCGGGAGACGAGAAGGCGAAGAAGAUAGCAGGUGUACCGACGUCCUCAGCGUCGUCGACAGCUAGCAACCCGCUGCCCCGGCGCGCGUCCUCCAAGCGGUGGUUCUCGGACUCGGACGAAGAGGGCCUUGGUUCAGUCAAAGGAUCGUUGCCACCAUCGAGUGCUGAGGCCGAUAUACCAGAAAGGGAACUGCUACACGCUGGUUUGGCGUCCGCCGCACCGAUGAAAGCGCCGCCGCCGCCGGCGCUCAACAUCAAGAACAACAACGCGACGGAAGAGCACCCGAAGCGUAAGAUGUCGGGCAUUCAAAAGCUUGUGCAGAAAACCAAGAUUCUGUCGCCGUUCCGCUCAAGCUCCAAGAAAAUGAUGGAUGGUGUGCCAGAGAAAGAGCUGCCGCCUCCACCCGCUCCGUCCAGCAUCCCUGCGAUCCCUUCCAGCGCGGCGGUGAUUCUUCCACGGCGCCAAUCUCGCCUACAAACACCGAGUGACGAGGCUGUGGGGAGCCCACGCAACGGUGGACUAGCGGACGAUGAUGCCGACGAUCCAUUCAAAGGCUCCAAUGGGUUGCUAAGCCCAGGACGAAGCCAGCUCGGCGGCGCGGCACCAGGACCUUCUGGCUCAAGCGUGCUUCUUGAAGGCUGGCUGCGGCAAAAACAGCGUCGCGGCAUUCGCGGACUCAAGAAGUGGAACUCUCGGUACUUCGUCCUCCACGCCAAAGUCCACGAACUACGCUACUACUCUGAUGUGGUGCAAUCGGGUUGGGGCCCCAUCCCGCUCGGCGAGAUCGGCUGCAUUGCGCUGCGAUCCAUCCAACGUAUUAGCAAGCCAAGUCACCCCAAGUACAAAGGCUGCCGAUUUGAUAUCACCUGCCGAAGCAUGCUGGGUACGCCGGACCCCGACGACGAUGCAUCGUCGGACGACGGAGCGAAAAAUACGUCACCGCUACGGCAGCAACAAGCGCAGCAACAAUCAUCAACACCAGUGAUCAAGACGACACCAAAGGCUUCGCGCAUCUACAGCCUCGUAGCCGACUCACCCCAAACAACUGUGCUUUGGGUAAACAUGAUCGACUCGCUCCUUACGCGCAGCGUCAAUAGCCCACGCCCCGAUAUGUCGCAGGCCAAGGCACCCCAGCCGCUCAAGGCGCUGGCCCAGCUCAACCAGUCGCGCCAGAAGCCGGUACCCGAGAGUGUCUCCAAUCGGCCACCAAAUGAUAUGCUCGUCCUUGCAUUUCCCGAUGACAUUGUGCCCAAGCCCAUCGUGCAUGCUGUCGACUACAUCUUUGAGUCUUCUCCUGGUAUCGAAACCGAGCUCUUUUACGAGAAAGAGGCUGCGCUGGGCCAACUCAAGAUAGUGCUGAAUCGCCUCAACCAAUGCGCUGCAGAGCGGCGCAAGCCUACGCGCAACGAGUGGGAGGACGUAUUCGACGUAGUGAGUGCGGCAGGCGUAGUGAAGCUCUGGUUACAACAGCUCGAAGGACCGAUCAUUCCGCACGAGAUGUUUUCCGAAUUCCAACGCGUCAUGGAUGAAGGCGCCGUCGCACCCUUUGAACUGAUGCGCAACCUCAAGUCCCUCUUGGCGACGCUCCCCCGCAAGCCCUUCAAGCAGAUUGCAUUCGUUAUCUUCCACUGGAAUGACGUGACCGUGUAUGCGUCCAAGAACAAGCUUACAGCGGCGGUGCUUGCAGCACGCUUCGGCGAUUUCGUGUUGCGUCCUCGGCCUGGUGCGGCGGCCGAGUCUGAGACUGCCACACGCCUUGUUGAGUACAUGAUCACACACGCCGACGCACUCAUUGACGAAAAGGAGUCUGAAAUCCUGGACAUGUAGACAGGUUUUGCACUUCGCGUGCUACAACAACGACUGUUUUGUGGUCCAUGUCGAGCGCUUGAUACAUUUCUUGAUACUAUAUCAUAUAGUGCUGGAAACAGUAUCAAUGUUUCCAGAGCGCCG